AUGGCAGAACCGGAAUUCGAACCCUUCAAGCUCGAGAUAGAGCGGUUGUAUGUUCAUGAGAACAAUACUUUGGCUCAUGUAAAGGAGUACAUGGAGUCAAAAUACUCCUUGGUCAAAUCUACGAGCCAAUACAGCCGCCAACUCAAGAAGUGGGGGUUUGCCAAAGGGCAUAUCAAAGCAGCCGAGUGGAAUUGGAUCGGGGACAAGAUGAACAAAAGGAAAUUGAAUGAGGAUAAGGAGAGUGAAUUCCACAUUGGUGGAAACCAGGUUGAUAUACCGAAGGUUAAGAAGGCAAAAUACAGAGAGGCCUAUUCCUCGAGUAUAGCCAGGUUUGGCCCUUCCCCAAAUACCCCAGAAGGGCUUUUGGUCUGCACCCCAACCUCACCAGGGAUGCAUCUGAUCUGGAACGGGGCAACUCCAUGGCUACGCUUCGUCAAACUUUUGAAUGAUAAUCAGAACGGAGAGGCGUCGUCGCCGUCAUCGUCCUUGACCAUUCGAACCCCUCGUGACUUUGAUGCACUCUCGCGCACAGUCAACCAUGAGCUGAUGCACCGCCUAAGCACCAUUAUUCCGUGGGAUAAACUGAACCACCCUCCGAACAUACAUAGCAGCUCUCGCACAUCAGCAGCUUUGAGCAUCCUGAUGCCAGAAGAGUUUGCGGGUCAGCAUGAUAUUUUUUCGACAACCCUGACCAGCUCUGCCAACGGAAGGAAGAACCGCUUUGGCUUGGAGCUUUUCCUUCUUUCAAACAACAUCACCUCCCAGGGCUCCCGGGGAAGGACCGAGGAAAGCAUCAAACAAGACGAUGAGCGAGUCAUCCAAAUGCUAAGCGACUCCGGCUGGAAGGAUCUCAAACAUAUUCAGAUUCUCCUGUCAACACGCGAGCCAACCGCCGAGGCUAUUGCCGAGAGAGUUUUCUCAAGCGCAUUGAGACUAAUUGACGUGGAUGCAGUAAAGAUGAUGCUGGAAGCUGGCAUGGAUCCAAACAAUCCAUUGAUUGAGGCGAUACCCCACGGUGUCCUGACACCAUUGCAGUUUGCUGCUAGAAGUCAACACGAACGCAGUGGUGAGCUCAUCGACAUCUUGAUAUCCCACGGAGCAGAUGUGGACUACUCAUGCAACGAUUACCCACCAUUGUUCUAUGCUAUCCACAAUGACAAAAGCAGUCAUAUGUACACGCUAAUGUCUCACGGCGCUAUUGCAACUUCCUCAUGUCUCUCUGCUGCCACUGGUUUGAAAGAUAUUGAGGCCUUCAUUCGAAUUGCCGAUUCCUGCGUUGAUGUGAACGCAAGGACUGGAUGGCAGAGCCCUAGUGCUCUUGCCGAGGCUGUGGAGCAUCAGAAUAUUGAGAUGAUCCAAAUUCUGCUCUCCAAGGGUGCCAAUGUGAAUGAUCUGGUCGCUAUAGAGUUUGAGGGUGACAUCACAACGACCACUGUCCUGGGUCGUGGCGUUCAGUCACACUCCAUCAAUGUUAUUCGUGCACUGCUGGUGGGCUGCGAUGAGCUGAAUCCCGAAUUUGAUGGUCUGCCCUAUGUUUCUCCCAUUGUGUUGGCUAUGGGAAGAGAAAAUAUCGAGGUUACUCUGAGUCUUCUGCAAGCCGGAGUCGACAUCAAACUAGCCGACGGGCAAGGGGAAAUGACUCUACUCGAACGUGCCACCGAGAAACGAUUGUCCGUUGCCUUAUGCAAAAUCUUGAUUGACUAUGGGGCUCAGAUUGACAGACCUAUCUCUGACGAAAAGUGCGAUUCAUCACCUCUUCAGAUUGCACUGAAACACAAGUCAGUAGAAGUCGUGGAGCUCUUGAUCAACGCCGGCGCACGUCUCAACGAUGAAUACAACAAGCCUCCUUAUAGUGCACUGGGAGCUGCCCUUGAACAUGGCGAUGUUAUUUUGAUCAACAGACUCCUCACAGCCGGGGCUACAUUUGUGGGGAGCAAGCUACAGAAAGUUGGCAGUCUAGGGACUGCAAUGUAUCUGCAGGCGAGUGGAAUCCUCAAAGGCAUUUUGAAGGGCUCAGGGCGUAAAAUCCUUGCUGCUGCUCUAUUGGACAAGAAUUUCAAUCCCGAUCUAGUUCAAUAUUUGCUUGAACAUGAUGCCGAUCAUGGAGAUGACACCCAAAGUGACAAAAGCACCCCAUCCAAGCAGUCACCACUAGGAGCAGCGAUUCGAGCGCGGAAAUUCGACUUGGCAAAGACACUAUUGGACCGCGGGGCAGUUGUCACAGACAUCAUUCUCGCAGAUGCUGUCGGUGAAGAUUCAUCGUUCCUAGAACACCUGCUGGCAAGAUUCCGCGGAAGCGCCCCGACCGCAGUGGGAGCCGCAAUUCAACAUGGUGAAUACCUAGAUCUAUUUCAAGAAGCAGGUGUGGACCCCACUGGCGUGCCCCAAAGCUUCGAGCAAGGCUGGUACUGUUGGGAUGAACUUGAGUUUGAACUUCCACCACCGGAAUCGGUGCUAGAAAUAGCAGUGGUUUCUGGGGAGAGUGAGACCGUCCAAAUUCUGCUCGAAUGGAAGCCUUGGACUCCAAGGCUAAUCGGCCGCGCCUUGACGUUCGCCAUACUCUUGCAGCUGCGUGGGCUUGCUGAGCUUAUACUCCCUUUCAAUCCCGAUCAUACCCAGGAGAUCACCAUAAAGUACGGUUCUUAUGAAGACGACCUUGGGGAGGUCAUAGGAGAAAAAGAAACUUACACUCCUCUCCAAGCUGCAGUCAAGGAGCAAAUGAUCCCGAUCGCACGGGAGCUGAUGGAAAAAGGUGAUGUCGAUCAUCUUGGCGAUGGAGCUCGGCGUCGAACAGCAUUACAGCAUGCUGUCGAGAAGGGAAACAUGGAGCUUAUCAAUCUGCUCUUGGAUCACCAAGCUAAAGUUGAUGGCCCUCCCGCCAGAGAUGGCGGUGCCACUGCCUUUCAGAUUGCAUGUCUCAAAGGUUAUAUUGGUAUUGCACGAAGACUACUUGACCUUGGAGCGAAUGUCAAUGAAGCUCCUGCGGAGCGUGAGGGACGUACAGCCCUACAAGGGGCAGCAGAAUACGGCCGAAUUGAUAUGCUCCAGAUUCUGCUUGAUGAAGGAGCUUUGAUUGUCGGCGAUGGUGAGCCGCAAUAUCGCAAGGCUGUCGAGCUUGCCGAGCGCAAUGGACAUCACGCUGCUGCAAGAUUGAUGAAGUCUUGGAGACAGACAGUCUCCUUGAGCCCAUCGGCUCAAUGA